ACGAAUGUCUUUCAACGUGUUUCGUGUGUUCAUACGUCAAGAACUAUUGGUAUUUGAGGUACAAGAAAUAUGGCGCUAAAGUCACCGAAACAGACAGCAGUAAAAUAGACAAGGAACCUGUCGUUGUUCUUCUCGGAUGGAAUGGUUCAAAAGAUAAACACCUUACUAAAUACAGCGACAUUUUCACAAAGAAAAACUAUGGAACURUUAGUGUCACAGCUCAUCCUUUCAACACUUUUUUCAGGUCCGACACGAAAGUAAAACAAAYCGGACACAACAUUUUGAAGGUCUUGAAUGAGAUGAAUGGUAAAGAAAGACCAAUUUUUCUUUAUUCGUUUAGUAACGGAGGUUGUGCAGUAUUUUUUCAUAUAAUGGAAUCAUUGACUAUGCCGGAGAGUGAAUAUUAUGGUAAAUUCAAUGUUGUUGGAUCAAUAUUUGACAGCUGUCCCAUCAGCCCAGACAACAACAAUAGUGUAAAAAUAGUUCAACAGAGCAUUACAGAAAACAUUUCUAAUCCAGUUGCRAAAAGAGUAGUUUGGUAUGGUUUAGGGGUGUUUGUWCCWUUGGUUGUUCAAAUUAACCCAGACGUUCAGCGUUUCAUGAGAUGCAUGAAACAAUCACCUUUGAUGUGUGAUCAGCUUUUCCUUUACUCCAAGGCUGACCGUUUUGCACCAUAUGCCGAYAUAGAUGAUUUCAUCAAAGCUAGAAGAUCUUUAGGUGUUYAUGUUGUAGSCCAAUGUUGGGAGACAUCUACUCAUGUGAAUCAUUACAGAGAGCAUACUGAUGAAUAUUUGAAACUUGUUAACAAAUUUGUUGAAAAUUGUCUAAAAAAUAUUCAUAAGUAAAAAUUCUUUUUGGUUACAUGUAAGUAUAAAUAAAGAAACUCCACAUCAAAGAAUUGCAAACUAUUAUAUCUACAUUGCUUCACUGUCAUUAUAAUUAAUCAAAAAAGGAGUUUAUUUAAUUAAACACUAGAGAAAAACAAAUGGCCUGUUUAAUAUUCUUUAC